CAGGAAAGCGAGCUGCAGGGCACUCGAGAACUUGCUCAGAGCGCCUCCUACCAGUGGAAAGGCAGAGACCCUGGGCCGAAAGAGCGAGAGAGCCUCAAGAAGAUGAUCACAGACAUGUUCAGGAACAAGUACGCCGAGCUCAAGACGAGGCGCGAGGAGUCGGCGGACGCCGGGGGCACCAUCCUGCAGCUGGACCAGUACGAGCAGGAGCAGAAGCUCGGGCUGAAGAUCGAGGGGGGCCACCGGCCGAUGCCCCGGCCGAAGGGCGUCCAGCUGCCCGCCGACUUUCGGGAGUGUGUUGGAGUGAUAUCGCUGGACCAGCUCGCCGGCUACUCGGUGGCCAACGAGGGGAGGCGCUACCUCAUCAGCGUCUACGGCAACCUGUUCGACGUCUCCGACCGCCCGGACAAGUACGGCCCGGAGGGGCCGUACGCAGCGCUGACCGGCUCCGACCUCACGUGGGCGCUCUUCACAGGCGUGGACCAGCCCGAGAUGACGAGCAGGCUCUACGACCUAUUCAAGGCCAAGGACAUGGGCAAGGACAAGAUGGCGGGAGUCUGCAGCUGGCUCGCGUGGUACGAGGCCGAGUACGGGGCCCCCGUGGGCCUGCUGGAGCCCUACACGCGCGAGUGGGAGCUGCCAGCCCCUCCCCUCGAGGAGGUCGAGGAUGCAUGCACUGUCAUGUGAGCUGCGCGUCGAGCGCGCGCGCGAAAACGGUCUGCAUGCCAUGUGCCGGGGCCGUGCCGCCGGUGACCGUUCCGGGGGGCGCCCUCCUGCCUGCCUGCCUGCCUGCCACCUUUUUUAGCGCUGCCCCUGG